AUGACUUUAGUCAACAUCUGCAGAGACAACAAGGAUCCGUUCUACCGCUACAAGAUGCCCCUCAUCGUAUCAAAGAUUGAGGGUCGUGGUAACGGUAUCCGCACCGCCAUCGUCAACACUUCUGAUGUGGCCCGUGCUCUUUCUCGUCCCCCUGCAUACAUUACAAAGUACUUUGGUGUCGAACUGGGAUCCGCCGCCAAGAUCAACGAGGCUGAUGACCGCUACAUUGUUAACGGUGCCCAUGAGGCUUCCAAGCUUCAGGAUCUUCUUGAUGGCUUCAUCUCCAAGUUUGUUCUUUGCGCUGCUUGCCAAAAUCCUGAAACUGAUCUCAUCAAGCUCAAAGAUGGCACUUUGACCCGCGACUGCAAAGCUUGCGGCCACCGCAGCCCCAUUGACAUGCGCCACAAACUCACUACUUAUAUUAUUAAAAAUCCUCCUUCUACUGCUAAGCAGGGCAAAGGAAAGAAGGCAGCCACUGCUUCUGCAAAUGUUGGUGGUGCUUCCACUGACGAGCUUGUUUCUGGCGAAGUCAACGGCUCUCACGCAAACUCAGAUGAGGACGGAAGCCCUCAACCCGAUGAUGAAGACUACGAUGACGAUGAGCUCGCCCGCAAGAUUAAUGCUGAGGCCUCUCAGAUUGGUGAUCGCCCUCUUUCUUCUAAUGGCAAUGGUUCCAACGCUGCUGGAGAAGAAUGGGCUGUUGAUAUGUCUGAGGAAGCCAUUCGUGCCCGUCAACGUGACAUUAGUGGCUCUAUGGCUUCUAUGACUCUUGACGAGAAGGAAUCUAACCCCUACGAUCAGUUGGGUGAUUGGAUCACUAAUGGCACCAAUCUUUCUGAUGUUGAAAUUUACAAGAAGCUGGUUGAACUCGAAAUUGCUGAAGAUUACCGAGCCUGUCAGGUUAUUGCUCAAACCCUCUUUUCUGCUGAAAAAAUUGUCGAGGAUAUUGGCGCCCACGCCGGUCUUCUUUGCAAGCUUGUUGGCUCCACUUCUAAGGGUGAGCGCUACUUCCUUGGUGGCAUUGAGCGUUUUGUUGGUAUCGACCACCCUGAGCUUGUUAAAAAUAUCACCGCCAUUUUCGAAGCUCUCUACGACAAUGAUAUCAUUUCGGAAGAUGCCUUUCUGGACUGGGGCGAACAUGUUUCCAAAAAGUACGUUGACAAGGAAACCUUCCGUAAGAUCCGCAAGGCUGCUAAGCCUUUCCUCGAUUGGCUUGCCGAGGCUGAGGAGGAAGAUAGCUCUGACGAUGAUGAAGAUGAGCUUUAA